AUGUAUGCCUUCUACUCCCUGCUAGUUUACAUCUUCUACACUGUCUUUAAGAAGGAGGAGGAGGAAGCCCUGGGAGCUGCUCAGGGUGGAGCCUCAGCGUUGAUGUCUGAGUCUCCCUUGGUGGCAGUGAUGUCCCACUUGCUGAGUUUUCUGGAGCAGUACUCCCACCUCCAGCAGCUGCAGCAGCAGGCUGAUCAGUACCGGGUCCAGCUGAAGAGGCACCGGGCCCAGCACCGCCGCCAGAUGAAGACCCUGAGGACAUCGUACCGUCAGAGGCUGAGAGAUAAGAACAGCGUCAUCGACAGCCUGGAGGAGGCCAUCACCACCCAGCAAUACACACCGAGCACCCCGGGGAGCGACGGUGAGUGUGGUGCUGAUGUCCCUGGGGCCGGGGCUGGGGCAGGGCUCCACAGGCUGGUAGAGUCUCUGUAUGGACUACAGGGAGAGAAGAGCCAGCUGAGGGGAGAACUACGGCUGCUGCACUCCCAACUGGAGCAGAGAGAACAGGACCGACACUCAAGGGUACAGGUCUUCCAACAUCAGAUUGACGAACUGAAGAGCUGCAUCGAGGAGCGGGAGGAGGAGCUGUCCAGACUAAGAACUGCCUCUGGAGCCACAGACUCGGAGAAGCGGGUUGUGUGUCUGUCAGCGGAGAACGAGAGUCUGAAACAGAGUCUGACUGUCACCCAGGGCCUCCUGCAGCAGCUCUCUGUCAUCCCCUCCCAGUCCAGCUCUGUACUCAUCAAGGAGAAUGUUCUCUCUAACGGUGCUCUGUGUCUCCUCCUGAGAAUGUUCUCUCUAACAGUGCUCUGUUACUCCUCCUGUAGGAGAAUGUUCUUCCUAACGGAUAAUGUUCUCUCUAACAGUGCUCUGUGUCUCCUCCUGCAGGAGAAUGUUCUCUCUAACAGUACUCUGUGUCUCCUCCUGAGAAUGUUCUCUCUAACAGUGCUCUGUCUCCUCCUGAGAAUGUUCUCUCUAACGGUGCUCUGUUACUCCUCCUGUAGGAGAGUGUUCUCUCUAACGGAGAAUGAGAACCUGCGCAGUCGGGUGCAGCAGCUGGAGAGUUCCCUGCAGCAGCGGAUUGUCACUCAAACUGUGGAGGUGGAGUCACCGGCGACGCUGAGGCAGUUGGCUGAGGCCAGAGAGAGGAACGAGCAGCUGUCAGAGAAACUGACCAAUCAGAACGAGAAGUGCAGACAACUGGAGGAGCACAUCAGGAAGUCAGAUGAAUUCAGCUGUAAUCUGCAACACAAGAUUGCAGCGUACGAGCGGGAGAUCAGUGUGCUGCAGGAGGAACUGCUGAAGGAGAUAGGUCACCUGGAGGAGAAGAAGGAGGAGGCUGUAAAGGCUGCAGCGACCUGCUCCGUAGAACACUUCCAGAGCCUGCAGGACCAUCCUGCAGAAGCGUCUGACAGCGCUCCCUCCGACCCUGCGCACCAUGAAGACAGACUACGCCAGCCUGAGGAGCCAGGUCCGCAACUUCUCCGACUUCUACGGAGCAGCCAUCACCGACGCCAAGAAACAGAUAUCAGCAGCUAUGAGGAGAUGUCGGAGGCCAACAAGGACCUCCUGGAGAAGUACAGGAAGGAGGUGGCACUGCGGAGGAAGCACCACGAGCAGCUGGUCGAGCUCAAAGGCAACAUCCGUGUGCUGUGCCGUGUGAAGCCGGUUCUGAAGGAGGACCAGCAUGAGGAGGGCCAAUCAGUGGUGGUAACCACGGACCCCAACAACGAAUCAGCUCUCUCGGUGCUGAAAGGGCAGGGCCGCAGCCAUAACUUUGAGCUGGACCGUGUCUUCCACCCUCAGGCCACUCAGGAAGAGGUCUUCCAGGAGAUCGAGCCCCUUGUGACAUCCUGUAUAGAUGGAUAUCACGUCUGCAUCUUUGCCUAUGGGCAGACUGGCUCUGGGAAGACCUACACCAUGGAGGGCAGCACAGAGAACCCAGGCAUCAACCAGCGUGCUCUGAAACACCUGUUCAGUGAGAUAGAGGACAGGAAGGACAUGUGGAUGUACACCGUGACUGUCAGCUCUGUGGAGAUCUACAACGAGGUGCUCAGAGACCUGCUGAGUAAGGAUGGAGAGAAGCUGGACAUUAAGAUCAACCCUGACGGGACAGGACAGCUGCACGUCCCUGGACUCAGGCUCAUAGAGGUCAAGAGCUUCCAACACAUCAAGAAACUUCUGGCGCAGGCGCGUCGUAACAGGAUCACCUUCGGGACCCAGAUGAACCAGCACAGCUCUCGUUCCCAUGCCCUCCUCAUGAUCACUGUGCUGGGGACUGACCUGGCCAGCGGGGCCAAGACCACAGGCAAGUUGAACCUGGUGGACCUGGCUGGCUCUGAGAGGGUGUGGAAGUCAGGAGCUGAGGGAGAGAGGCUGAAGGAGGCCCAGAACAUCAACCGCUCCCUGCUGGCUCUGGGGGACGUCAUCCAGGCUCUGAGGGGGAAGGAGAAACACAUCCCCUUCAGAAACAGUCGCCUCACAUACCUGCUGCAGGACUCACUGGGCAAGGGCAACAAGACGGCCAUGGUGGUGCAGGUGUCUGCUCUGGAGAGAAACGUGGGAGAGACCAUGUGUUCUCUGAAGUUUGCUGAGAGGGUUUGUAAGGUGGAGCUGGGGCCUGCAGCCAGGAAGAUACAGAGAGGAGGGGGAAGCCAUCAGUGUGACUAGAACUCCACUUCCUGAAGUCAUCCAACUUCCUGUUCCCAUGGACAACCAGGACUCCAGGGACUCAACAGACACACAGCCAACCAAAUACAUCAACAAGCAAUAACAACAACAAACAACCCCCUCUGCCCAGUCAGCCAGUCAGUCAGUCAGCCAGCCAGUCAGUCAGUCAGUCAGUCAGUCAGUCAGUCAGUCAGUCGAUCAGUCUGUCUAUCAGUCAGUCAGUAUAAAGCUAUCAGGUGUGCAUUCAGUGAGAUUAAAUAUUGAGAAUGUUGCAGAGUCUCUAGUCUACCGAUCAUAAUGUCUGUUCAUGUCAUGCGCAGGAGGUUGGUGGCACCUUAAUUGGGGAGAACACAUUACAUCUUAGUCAUUUAGCAGACACUCUUAUCCAGAGCGACUUACAGUAGUGUAUGCAUUUCUUUUUUUUUUUUUUUCGUACUGGCCCCCCGUGGGAAUCGAACCCACAACCCUGACGUUGCAAACACCAUGCACUACCAACUGAGCCACACGGGACAUGGUUUCCAUGGUUUCCAGGUGUUUGAUGCCAUUCCAUUCGCUCCGUUUCGAACCUUAUUAUGAGCCGUUCUCCCAUCAGCAGCCUCCUGUGAUGUCAUGUCUGUUGAACGUUCUGUAACGUUACACCCUCCUGAACAGACCCCAGCUGUAACGUUACAUCCUGCUGAACAUACCCCAUCUGUAACGUUACACCCUCCUGAACAGACCCCAGCUGUAACGUUACACCCUCCUGAACAGACCCCAGCUGUAACAUUACACCCUCCUGAACAGACCCCAGCUGUAACGUUACAUCCCCUGAACAGACCCCAGCUGUAACGUUACAUCCUCCUGAAUAGAUCCCUGCUGAGUCUAAAACUAUCCUGAUAAAGAAGGGCUAUGACUUAAGGUCUCCGUGACAACGUCAUCAGGAUAACAGAUAAGAGUGAAGGGAUAAGAAGUCUCUAUUGUCUCCUGUCUGCUCCUGUUCAGAUAAGAAGGCUCUACUGUCUCCUGUCUGCUCCUGUUCAGAUAAGAAGGCUCUACUGUCUCCUGUCUGCUCCUGUUCAGAUAAGAAGGCUCUACUGUCUCCUGUCUGCUCCUGUUCAGAUAAGAAGGCUCUACUGUCUCCUGUCUGCUCCUGUUCAGAUAAGAAGGCUCUACUGUCUCCUGUCUGCUCCUGUUCAGAUAAGAAGGCUCUACUGUCUCCUGUCUGCUCCUGUUUGGAUAAGAAGUCUCUACUGUCUCCUGUCUGCUGCUGUUUGGAUAAGAAGGCUCUACUGUCUCCUGUCUGCUCCUGUUUGGAUAAGAAGGCUCUACUGUCUCCUGUCUGCUCCUGUUCAGAUAAGAAGGCUCUACUGUCUCCUGUCUGCUCCUGUUUGGAUAAGAAGGCUCUACUGUCUCCUGUCUGCUCCUGUUUGGAUAAGAAGUCUCUACUGUCUCCUGUCUCCUGCUGUUCAGAUAAGAAGUCUCUACUGUCUCCUGUCUGCUCCUGUUUGGAUAAGAAGUCUCUACUGUCUCCUAUCUGCUCCUGUUUGGAUAAGAAGGCUCUACUGUCUCCUGUCUGCUCCUGUUUGGAUAAGAAGGCUCUACUGUCUCCUGUCUGCUCCUGUUCAGAUAAGAAGGCUCUACUGUCUCCUGUCUGCUCCUGUUUGGAUAAGAAGGCUCUACUGUCUCCUGUCUGCUCCUGUUUGGAUAAGAAGGCUCUACUGUCUCCUGUCUGCUCCUGUUUGGAUAAGGCCUGUGUCAUCAGCUCAUCUGCAUGAUGCACCAACCAGUAUGACAUCAUCAUCAACAACACACUAACCCGAGUGCCAAGACAACCUCUACCUUUGAAACUUCCUACUAGAACUACAAAUAAACAACAAAUGCUGUUUCCUUUGACUGAAUUGCCAGGAGUUCUUCAUCAGGGCUUGUAUGUUUCAAGCAUCUCAGAAUAUGAGUGCUGGUCUACGAUCAGGAACUCCCUGUAGUUAUUAUAAUCGUCUUCAUUAUGACCUGAGAGGCAAAACUGAUCCUAGAUCAGCACUUCUACUCAGAGACAUUUUGGGAAUACAGGCCUUGAAUGCAAUUUCCACCAUCACAAUGCUUAGAGAUGCUGCAUCUUAAUCAAAUAUGUUCUCCAAGAGAGGAGUGUCACAGUAGACACGUGUUCUGUUCUAUUCUUGCAGUAUUAAUAGUCUGUCUCUUCUAUAUGACAACACGUGAGCUUCUUUGAUUCCAGUAUAGACAUGGCCUAUCUUAAAAAGGUACUGUAGUGUGUAGGAUCAAUCUGAGUGUUGUGUAAGUGAUGGAUUGGGCUGUACUAGCUCUGGUCCAGGGUGUUAGUGUGGCUACCUUCAGGUAGUCUGUGGUCCAGAGUGUUAGUGUGGCUGCCUUCAGAUAGACUCUGGUCCAGGGUGUUAGUGUGGCUGCCUUCAGAUAGACUCUGGUCCAGGGUGUUAGUGUGGCUGCCUUCAGGUAGUCUGUGGUCUAGGGUGUUAGUGUGGCUGCCUUCAGGUAGUUUGUGGUCUAGGGUGUUAAUGUGGCUACCUUCAGGUAGUCUGUGGUCCAGGGUGUUAGUGUGGCUACCUUCAGGUAGUCUGUGGUCCAGGGUGUUAAUGUGGCUACCUUCAGGUAGUCUGUGGUCCAGGGUGUUCGUGUGGCUACCUUCAGGUAGUCUCUGGUCCAGGGUGUUAGUGUGGCUACCUUCAGGUAGUCUGUGGUCCAGGGUGUUAAUGUGGCUACCUUCAGGUAGUCUCUGGUCCAGGGUGUUAAUGUGGCUGCCUUCAGAUAGACUCUGGUCCAGGGUGUUAGUGUUGCUGCCUUCAGGUAGUCUCUGGUCCAGGGUGUUAGUGUGGCUACCUUCAGGUAGUCUCUGGUCCAGGGUGUUAGUGUGGCUGCCUUCAGAUAGACUUUGGUCCAGUGUUAGUGCAGCUACCUUCAGGUAGUCUCUGGUCCAGGGUGUUAGUGUGGCAGGUAGUCUCAGCAUCAGUAUUAGUGUGGCUUGCUGAAGUCUCAGCAGGGGGCAUAUUAACUCCAUGGACCAGAGUGUUAGUGUGGCUUGCUGAAGUCUCAGCAGGUGGCAUGUUAACUCCAUGGACCAGAGUGUUAGUGUGGCUUGCUGAAGUCUCAGCAGGUGGCAUGUUAACUCCAUGGACCAGAGUGUUAGUGUGGCUUGCUGAAGUCUCAGCAGAGAGCAUGUUAACUCCAUGGACCAGAGUGUUAGUGCGGCUUGCUGAAGUCUCAGCAGGGGGCAUGUUAACUCCAUGGACCAGAGUGUUAGUGUGGCUUGCUGAAGUCUCAGCAGGUGGCAUGUUAACUCCAUGGACCAGAGUGUUAGUGUGGCUUGCUGAAGUCUCAGCAGGUGGCAUGUUAACUCCAUGGACCAGAGUGUUAGUGUGGCUUGCUGAAGUCUCAGCAGAGAGCAUGUUAACUCCAUGGACCAGAGUGUUAGUGCGGCUUGCUGAAGUCUCAGCAGGGGGCAUGUUAACUCCAUGGACCAGAGUGUUAGUGUGGCUUGCUGAAGUCUCAGCAGGGGGGCAUGUUAACUCCAUGGACCAGAGUGUUAGUGUGGCUUGCUGAAGUCUCAGCAGGGGGCAUGUUAACUCCAUGGACCAGAGUGUUAGAGCGGCUUGCUGAAGUCUCAGCAGGGGGCAUGUUAACUCCAUGGACCAGAGUGUUAGUGUGGCUUGCUGAAGUCUCAGCAGGGGGCAUGUUAACUCCAUGGACCAGGGUGAAGGCUAUACCUAAAUUCAGUGAUGACCUCUAUCACGAAAUGUGUCAUUGUUGUGAAGUUGGAAAAAGCAGUUUGAGUGUUAUCGUAUCUCUCAUACUGCCUAAUUCACUAGCUUUCAGUGAAGUGAGCAAUUACCUCUUUGCGUCCCAAAUGGUACCCUGUUCCCUAUAUAGUACCCUACUUCUGACCAGGACCCUAUGGGCCCAGGGGUGCUAUUUGGGACGCAAAUCGAGAGUGAAGUAGGUAGCUAGCCCUGUGUGACAAUAUGAUAAAUAACAAAGUGCUGUUAUAAUAUGUGCAAUACAGAUGUAGGAUCUUAGAUCACCCUGUUGCAGGAGAACUUUCCUGCAAUGCAGGAAACAUAAAACUUGUAAUGUAUUUGUAAUUUCCGACUUGAUUUUCCAUUAUGAGCAAUGUAAUCAACCCUUACAAAAAAUGUCCAUUAAUUAUAAUCUACAUAAUAAUUCACAUCUCCUGUUGCUACAGGAUUAUUUUCCUGCUGUAGCAACCUGGCUCAAAUUAAGAUCCUACAUCUGUAGCCUCCUUUGAUAGAGAAAUGUUGGUGUGUUUGGGGGACUGGUGGGAAGCACUUUGUGAAAUAAAUAGUUUUGCUCUUUUCAGGCCAAUUUAGGUGCUUUAGAUGUAUAAUUACUGAAAUAUCAUCAUACCAAAAAUGUAUUUGUUCAUUGUAAUGUUUUCCAUCUUAGUUGAACCCGACAGUCAACUAUUGGUUUAAUAGUAACUUUUAAUUCAGUAGAGUAGCAAUACAUUUCCUGUUGCAGUAACUUAUUAUACAAGUGGAUUAGGGUCACUUUACAAUCUGAUUGGUUAAGGAUCAGUUUUCAGCUGAUUUUCCAAAUAAAUCUGGAAUUUUACAAAUGUG